CCGUCGCCGUUAAUAUUUGUCUGCGCAGGACUCUGUAUUUGAGUGCAAAAAAUAAUAAAAUUUAUGUAGAUAUUUUACCAAAAUACAAGUAUUUUAGAAAAUUUUAAAUAACAAAAUAUGAUGGACACUGCACCCACCGCUGAUUUGGUAUAUCAGGGUAUAUGUACAUUAUUUCACAAUACAAAUCCCAAAGAAAAAGAAAAGGCUAACAAAUGGUUAGAGGAAUUUCAGAAAUCGAUUUACUCAUGGACAAUUGCGGACGAGUUGCUGCAACAAAAACGGGAUUUGCAUUCGUGCUAUUUUGCGGCCCAAACUAUGCGCAAUAAAAUACAAAAUUCUUUCAAUGAAUUACCAAUGAAUUCUCACGACUCUCUUAGAGAUUCCCUCAUAGCUCAUGUGGGUCAAAUUACCAAUGAAACCGAUACAGUCAUAGUGACCCAACUGUGUUUGGCAGUGGCUGAUUUGGCUUUGUUAAUGUCUUCGUGGAAACAGCCGGUAGUAGACUUACUCGAUAUGCUUUCACCACAACCUCAAUCUGUUUGGCCGCUUUUGGAAAUUUUGACUCUGAUACCAGAAGAAAUUGACUCUAGGUAUUUACGACUGGGUGCCAAUCGACGAGAAGAAAUUCACAAACAAUUGGAUGCAGCUGCUCCAAAAGUAAUGGAAUUUUUAUGCAUGUGUAUGCAACAUGGCGAAGCUUCUCAGGAAAAAAUUAUAAAUUCUACUUUACGAUGCUACUCGUCGUGGGUGGCUAUACAGGCGAUUCCUCUGCAGCAAUCGGCCAACAGUCCUCUUACACAACAAGUCUUUCACCUAUUGAGCCUAGAAAAUUGUUCUAGAAAAUUGCACGAUACCUGCACAGAAUGCCUCUGUUCGUUGUUAAGUUGUAUAGAAGCUAAUGCCGGCAGGGAUAAUUUAGACCCGCAGCUAAAGAUGCAGAUUUUCAAUGCAGUUCGUAUGUUGGAGACAGCAUACCAUACAUCAGUUGGAAUGGAGGAUAUAGACAAAAUUAUGAAUUAUUGUCGUAUUUUUACUGUACUAUGUGAGGCAUUUUUCUUUGAAAUGUUUGAAAAUGAAGAUGAUCCUCACUACUCUAUAAAAGGAUUGGACUUGGUGCUAAUAUGCGUUGGCCACUAUGACUACGAAGUGGCUGAGAUUACGUUUAAUUUAUGGUGUCGUCUAAGUGAAGAACUAUUUCAGCGUAACAAUGAUACUCUGACGGGUCAUUUCAAACCUCAUAUAGAACGUCUAAUAGGAGCUUUAUAUCGUUUGGCACAAAUGGAACCCGAUCAUGAGGGUUUAAUUGACGACAAUGAUAGUUUUAAUGACUUUAGACGAAAGGUUUCCGAUUUGAUUAAGGAUGUGGCAUUUAUAGUUGGCUCAGGUAAUUGCUUUAAACAAAUGUUUUUCAAACUGCAAGAACCCGGCUGUUCCUGGGAGUCAACAGAAUCUGCACUUUUUAUUAUGCAAAAUGUAGCAAAAAAUAUAAUACCUGACGAAAAUGAAGUAAUCCCCAAUGUGGUGGAAGCAAUAUUAAAUUUACCGGAAAAUACUCACAUAGCAGUGCGUUACACCUCCAUAAUGCUUUUGGGUGAAUUGUGUGACUGGAUUGAAAAUCAUGCCGAAAGUCUUGAAGCUGUUUUAAAUUUUCUAUUGUACUCAUUGCAACAGAAAAACGGUUUGGCUGCAGCAGCUGCAAUAUCUUUAACAUCGAUUUGUUCAUCGUGUCGCCAAAAGAUGGUCUACCACAUAAGUGGCCUCGUGGAAAUAGCACGUAGUUUAGAUAGUUUCGAAAUAAAUAAUGACUUGGCUAUAGGACUUCUUAAGGGAAUAUCUUUGAUAUUGUCACGUCUACCAAGACAACAGCUGGAGUCCGCCAUGCGCGAGAUAAUUUCCUUCCAAUUUCAGCCACUAGCCAUAAUGGUGGAGAGUAAUGCACCCAACGCGACGAUAUGCAAAGGAGAACGUUCCGAUCCAGCUUAUUGGGUGGAUAGGGCAUGUGCUAUAAUAAGACACACAAAUCCCGAUAUUCCGGACAGUGAAUUGCAUCCAACUCUGCAGAUUUUAACCGAGGCCUGGCCGUUAAUAUCGCGUUUAAUGGAUAAAUAUCAAACUGAUGUACGUGUAAUGGAACGUACUUGCCGUCUCAUACGUUAUGGAGUGCGAAUGGUACGGAAGCAAGCUUCCAUGUUGGUGGAACCUCUCAUACACCAAAUGAUUACACUGUACGCUUUACAUCACCACAGCUGCUUUUUGUAUUUAGGUUCAGUGUUGGUCGAUGAAUUUGCCAAAGUUGAGGAAUGCAUCAAUGGCCUGUUGGCCAUGCUAAAAGCGUUUAUUGAACCCACAUUUAAAAUGUUACAAGUGGAAAAUGGAUUAAAAAACAAUCCCGAUACUGUCGAUGACUUCUUCCGUCUCUGUUCAAGAUUUAUUGACUGCUGUCCUUUGCCAUUUUUGCAGAGCGCAUUAGUAACCCCCAUAUUUCAGUGUGCUUUGUUGGCCUGCACUUUGGACCAUCGUGAGGCGAACUCUUCCGUUAUGAAAUUCUUUUGUAACCUGCUGAAAUGGGGACGUAGUUCAAACUAUAAACUAGCCGAGUGCAAACCGUUAGUUAAAGAAAUAGCAUCACAAAACGGAGAGGCUUUGGUGGUUAAUCUAAUACAUGCCUCAGUGUUUUGCUUACACUCCUAUAUGUUGCCUGAUGUAGCUGAGGUAUUAACGGAAUUAAAGGCAGUUAUUACGCCGGAACAAAUGGAGUCUUUUCUAAAAACUGCUCUGCAAGCUUUGCCAAAAAAAAACAGUGGAGGCUAUGUAACGGCCACAGAUGCGCAACUACAUGAAUUUAAAGAGACAGUUUUAAAGUCCACUUCAACAAAAUCGAUAACCAUGGCUUUAAAAACAUUUACACGUUUAUUCCGUUAAUGUCGACUCGAAAUUGUGACUUACAAUCAAAUACAAA